AAGAGCCCUGCAUCAUCAGACCAAGGGUUCCAUUUAGUCUAACACCUGGCCGGCCAGAUCCCUCCAAAACCUGAAGGUGCACUUCUCCCCCACAGUUUUCCCGACCUCUCCCAGAAACUGGUACUCUGCAGUACACCCAUUGGGCCUGUUGGAAUGUAAGGACAACUCACGGAUUAAGAAAACUUUUCUUUCAUAGGUUGCCUAGCCUGUCAUCUGGACAUGGAGCACUCAGCCCUUGACCCAAUCCCAAGGUCAUUGCCCCCCAAAAAGGAAGUUCCGUUUAGCCAUCAUAGUUAACUGCAUCUGCUCGGCAACACUAGGUCCUCCUCCCCGAUUUUGUACCCCUUUGUAGAGGGAAUCUUUUGUUGUUCUCCGAGCGGCCACUGGGGGCGCAGGAGAACGAUUUGAUAUUUUUAAACUGCAAAUUAAACAAAUGCUUACAUCUGCAUAAGUUUUUUAGAUAAAGACAUCAAAAUCGGCACAGUAAUAGAUAUUAAGGAGGGCUUUCAGCAUAACAAGUUUGAAUCGGAUUGGGUUGUCCGUUGACUUUUUAAAAUGUUUUUUUUUACAUCCCCCCCCACCUUUAAACCCUUUUCCUGGUAUGCAAAUGAUUUUAGGAGCGCCAACGCCUGGGGUGUGAUUUAGCUAACAACAACAAUGAUGACAGCUCUAUGCCAUGGGGAUAAUUCGAGGGAAACAGCCAGGAGCCGGGUUUUGGGGACUUGCCUGAACAUGCAACUUUCGAUUUCAUCGCGGAGCGCUUCGAAAGUCAGACACGCACCCAGUUGAAAGCAUCGCUGCCUCUGGUUGAGGUUCCUCCCGGCGCUUGGUAAGCAAACCAAGGGGAUCCGCUUGAGUUCUUCUUCUGCUCCUGCUGCCAACAUUUAGGAAAAGUUAGGAUUAGGAAUUUCCUUUCUCUCCGCUUAAAAGCCAUGGCUUCUUUCCAGAGCUUCCAAACGUUUGUCUUCCUUGAUAUUGAAACCACCGGCUUGCCCCAUGACCAGCCUCGCAUGGCUGAGCUGUGUCUCUUCGCUGUUAAUCGCCAUUCCCUGCAACGCUCUCAAAUGGAUAUCUUGAUGACUCCUCAGGAGCGGCUCCCGCGCAUCAUAGACAAACUCACCCUCUGCAUUGACCCCCAGAAACCCUUCACCUUUGAAGCACAGCGGAUCACUGCGCUGAGCAAACAGGACCUGGAGGAGAACCACAAGCCACCUAUGAACAAAGCGGUGGUGGAAGCCCUGAAGGGGUUUCUGGACCGGCAAGCUGGUCCCGUCUGCUUGGUGGCCCACAACGGCAAUGGUUUUGACUUCCCCAUACUUCGUACAGAGCUAAGGCAAGUGGGGGCUGACCUGCCCGGAAACACUGGCUGCCUGGACACUCUGCCGGCCUUCAGAGACCUGGUUAAAGGUCCUCGCAUGAGCUACCGGCUGGGGGAUCUCUACCGACACUUCUAUAGCCAGGACCCUACCAGAGCCCAUUCAGCUGAGGGAGAUGUGAUCACUCUUCUCCUGGUGUUCCUUGCCAAGGCCCCAGAGCUGUUGCUAUGGGCAACCAUUCACGCUAGCUCCUGGGGGCAGAUCUCGACUUUGUACCUCCCCAGACUGAACAGUAGCAGAAACUGAUUUUUUUUAAACCAAAUGACCCUGCCCCCCCCCCUCGCCCCCAUACACACACAAACACACAUACAUGAAACCAAAACUAGAAAGAGCAAAGGUGGCUUUAUAUGAUGCUGAAGUGUCCUCCUGUACCUGCUGGGCUGAUUAAAACUAACUUGCCUUGGAAGACCAGGGAGAUGCGGUAUCCCUAUGCAGGCAUCCGCCCUAAAAGUGUAAGGCCACAAAAGUGCAAAGGGCUAGGAUGUGCACGCCGUCCCCAAUGUCCCUGUGCGUGUCAGCUCUGCCCAUGGCUUUGUACAUUUAGGAUUGGGGAAGUAUUACUCCCAGCAUCCUUCACCAUUGGCCGCACUGGCUGAGGCUGAUGGUAACUGGAGUAUUAACGACUUCUGGAGGGCUACAGGUAAUCCAGCCCUGGUCUGAAGAGACUCUUUUUAAGUGUGCUCAAGAGACAGGGCCUUUUGGGUUGUGGAACCCUGCUUACGGAAUUCCCUCCCCGAGGAAGCUUGCCUUACGCCCACACUACUUCUCUUUUGGCACUUUUUCUCCUAGACACUUUAGAUUCCGGCUCUUAUAGUUUAGCUACGCCUGUAGAAUGCUAUCGUGACUGCUAUUAUAUAUUUUAAUAUUUCCUGUGCUGAUUAAUGUUCUCAUUGUGUCCAAUUUGUAUUCGUUUAUCAUGUAAUCUGCCCAGAGAGGUUUUUAUUAGUGGAUGAACUAAAACUGAAUUAUUUUGUUCACACUCAAAACAUGUGAAGGUCAGGCGUAGAGUGGGUAGGGCUGGGAUGCAGGCCCCAGGCCCCCUACACACUUUGUGGCCUCAUGGUGUUUAGGCAAAAUUCCUGAAUAGGGCUAGUGUUGGGUUUGGAAAUGUGGAACUCGGGGUUCAGAUCUCUACCGUUCAGCUCACUGGGAUGCCUUUGGGUAAGUCACUAGAUCUCAACACCAAUGGAGACAAGCUAUUUUAAAAGCAGAUGCAUUUAAACCACCCCUGCCUUCAAAGUAGUUUGAAAUACUACUUACCUACAUUUCAGUAAAAGUAAUUGUAUCUGCUUUUGGAAUUACUGAAAUUGAGGAGUUUCUACUGCUGUUUUAAAACUGCUGUCUGCCCUUCUCCCCAGUUGAAACACACACGCACACAUUUUUGAGGUGUUCAUUUGUGAACUACGUGAAUAGGAUAGGGAAAUACCCAAACUGUACUCUGAAAGUUUAUAUUAUUUCACUAUUUUAUUUACAACAUUUCCAUGUCUAGUUAUCUGUUCUAACAGAGUUGACAAAAGAUGGCCAUUGCACCCUUUUAUUGAGUUUAUAAGGGAUACAAGGGCUAGAUGCCCUAGGUCUACACUGUGUGUUUCUUUUUCUACUUGUCUAAUAAGAUACUAGCGGACUCUUCUGAAUGAUAUUUUGUGGGAACGUUAGAUAACGAUGCUUGGGGGGCGGUUUGCUUGAAUGUUAUAUUGUUUAUACUACACAUUGCAUUUCCUUAUAUAUUAUAAUAAAAUCUAUUUUAGAAAACAGUUGUCUGGGGGGAAUAUCCCAUCGAGGUGUAAGACCUCAGUAUUUGGCAUUCAGGGGUUGAGUGACUCUGAACAUGGAAGUCAUGUUUUUGACUAUCCUAGCAAAGAGACCUUAUCUGCCAGAUAGUUACCCAAUACUUUUAUUAAAAAUCUCUUUGUGCUACUGAUCAUUACAACAUCUUAUGGAGAUGGCUGCUAAUUAGUAAACUAUGUGUUGUGCUAGGAAGUACUUCCUGUUGUUUAUCUUGUAUGCCUGGUUCAUUAGAUGACUUGAUUUCUUUAAUGGUUCUGUUCAAAAAUAUACAACUAAUUUUUUUAGUUACAACUAAUUAAUAAUCAGCAUCAUUAAUUUUUGUGAACCGCCCAGAGAGCGCCGGCUAUUGGGCGGUAUAGAAAUGUAAUAAAUAAAUAAAUAAACUACUAUUUUAAAAAUUG